GAGCUACUAGUCGGGCAAAAUCGACUAGACUUUGGAAAAGGGCAAAAGCCCAAUUGAACUCUGAAUCUGAGCUCAGGGAUAUUGAGGAGGAGUUCCCUGAGUACUAUAUGGAGGUGUACCUGUACUCACACCUGCUCUGCUUCAGCCUGGCUGCAAGGCCUCAUAUAAGGCUAAACACUCCUCCAAAACAAUAGAGAUGGACAGUACCAUACCUGUCACGGAUGGCGCGAUUAAUUUACCACCGCGCAAAAGAGCUACUAGUCGGGAAAAUCGACCAGUCUUUGGAAAAAGGCCAAAAGCCCAACUGAACUCUGAAUCUGAGCUCAGUGAUACUGAGGAGAAGUUCCCUGAGUCCUGUAUGGAGGAUUCAGAGGAUAUUUCUGAUCCUGAUUAUGAAAUUACUGAUGAAGAGGAUGCUAAUCCCGUUCGGGAUACACGUCCUGUUAACCCUACUAAGACUGAGGUAGAUUAUGCUGACUCAGUUACACCAAAAGGAUCUUGGACACUCAAUGUGAACCCCUAUUCGAAUCUGACGACCUAUGUCACCCAUUGGUCUCCUCAGACCAUGUAG